AUGCUGACCUGCGUGGGGGCGGGUACAGGGGAGCCGGAGGCAGCGCACACUGUUCGCCCCUCACCAGCGCUGCGCCGCCCGCACUCAAGGAAGGUCGUCCUCCACGUGCCGCUGGCUGCAUCCCGAUCCCGCUUGCGCUCGCUGCGUCAGCACCUCACCGGCUUUGCACACAGGCUGUGCCACGCGGCCUUCACCCCUGUGUACCAUGCAAUCCCCGCCCGGCUGGCCCCCGGCGACCGACGCCCCGCGGCCCUCGCCCUUCCCGCCCCCGGCGCUGCCCGCCCUCCACGGCUUGGCCCGCGCGCUGCUGUUCCCGGCCUACUGGGCCCUGGACCAGCUGCAGGGUGGCUGAGGAGGGCGGCGGGCGGCGGCGCGGCGCUGCUGCUGCUGCUGGUGGUCGGCCCGCCCCUGGCGCUGCCCGGCCUGCCGCUCUGGCUGGUGCCGCAGGUUUGGCGCCGCCCCUUCUGCUACCGCUCCCCUCCGCUGUGCUGGGCGCCGCCCGCGCUCUGGCGCCCGCCUGCCGAACCCAGGCGCUGCUUCGUCUUCCUCACCGCCAAUCUGUGCCUGCUCCCCGACGGGCAAGCGCGCUUCGGCAACCUACCGCACAGCCAGCGACCGGCCGAGGCCAUUGGCGCCGCGCUGCUGGGCGGCGCGCGGCCCGCGCUCUACAGGGCUACGGACUGCAGCCAGCCGUGGCCCAGGGCGCUGCGCGGGACGCUGGUGGCCUCGCUGCCCGUGGGUCUGGACUUUGUGUGCCUGCAGGAGGUAUUCGAUCUGCGCAGGGCUCGUCGCUUGGUGAAUCGCCUGGCGCCCAACCUGGGCCCGUUGCUGUACGACGUGGGCACGCUCGGCCUACAGCCCGGGCGGCACCUCAAGCUGCUGGACAGCGGGCUGCUGCUGGCCUCGCGCUACCCGCUGCUGCGCGCCACCUUCCGUUGCUUCCCCCACGCACGUGGCGAGGACGCGCUGGCCUCCAAGGGACUACCGUCCGCACAGGCGAGGCUGGGCAGCCUGGACGGGCGCCGCAUCGUGGGAUUCCUGCACUGCACGCAUUUGCAAGUACUGGCUGGUGAGCCCUGCGGAUGGGUCCUCGGAACAGGUCCCGCCUCUCCAGAGCGGCUGCUGAUCCCUACAUUCGCCUGCACCCCGCCCCCCACCUCCCACCCUUUGUUCACUGCCCCCGGCACCGGAAUUCCUGAGAAGUGCCUGUCGGGGCUCACAGAUCAGGAACUGCGGAGACGGGAGCUGACUGUCCAGGAUGCGGUUCCGAAUCUGGAGCCAAGCCCACCCCACCCCCCCUCCCCCACGCAGAGGACGGGCCCUUGCGCAGCAAACAGCUGACGCUGCUGCUGGACUGGGCCGAGAAGUUUGGGGCCGAGAAGUUUGAGGCCGACAGAGAACAAAGUGGAGAGGUCGUGGCUUUCAGCGUGCUCCUGGGCGACCUAAACUUCGAUAACUGCUCGAAAGGUCCAGCAGGAGAGGAGGGCGAGGAGGGGCGGAGCCAGGAGGCCCGGCCCCGCCCACCGCGCGCCCGCCUCUCUCUGCAGACCACCGGCUGGAGCAGGAGCACGAGCUUUUCCGCUGUUUCCAGGAUCCCUGCCGGCUGGGCACGCGCCAAAAGCAGCCCUGGGCCCUGGGUAUCGCGCUUGGGGGGAGGGUACCCCCGCCGGCUGGGCACCCGCCAAGAGCAGCCCUGGGCCCUGGGUAUCGUGCUUAGGGGGAGGGUACCGGAGCGGGAAGUGGACCUGGGGAGCGCCGUCGGCCGAGGCUCUGGCUGAUGCCGCCCUCCCCCGGAUCCCCCAGGGACCGCGCUGAGCACCUCCGUGCUCCACCAGUCCGUGGCCUCCUCCCCCAAGAUGCCGAGGAGGUGAGUGGCGACCUGGAUGUAGGCACUGCCCGCCCGAAGCGCGCAGAGGGGCCCUGGCCUUGAUGACACCGUCCCCCUACCAGGACCCUGGAGCAGGAGAAAGGGCGCCACCUCUACCUGGCCGGCCUUCCCGGCAGAAGCCGCCGAGCUAAGCCCUGGAGAGGUCGGCGCCUGGACUACAUCACGUACCGCGGAGUUCCCGGGUGGCUGGGCCUGCGGCACUGGGACGACCCUCAACCUGACUCCCGCCCCCAGGAGGUGGAGCAGGUGACGUUCAGUACCGCCCUGGAGGGGCUCACGGACCACCUGGCAGUGGGCCUGCAGCUCCGAGUUUCAGUGUCCUCCUAAGGCAAGCACAGAUGAGGGGCGCGCGGCUGGCGCGCACAGACACGACUCGGAGCACGAACUAGGCGCGGUAGCCGCGUCCCCAGAACCGGGAGACUUAAGGCAUCUUUAUUGCGGGAUCCUCACACGGCCUCCUGGGCCCGGCGAUACUCAUAGACGCUGCCGUGCUCGGGAAAGGCCAGUGCUUGCGGGGGCGACCCCGGCGAUGGGGCGGGGUCCUCCGGGUCCCCAUAGCCACCGCCGCCGGGUGUGUGGAGACAGAACACAUCCUGUUGGCGCGGGGGGGGGGGGGGAGGCGGGCUCAGUGCAGGCGUGGCCCCUCCCUGUCACCUGCGCAGUCCCCUCCCCACCGGGCAGCGUCCAUCACCCGCCCCCAUGGACCACGGAGGCCCGGUACGCGCCCCCUUUCCUUCCGGGGCCAAAUUAAACUCGGCCUCUGGUCA